CCCCCAAAUGCCGCGCCCCCUUCACUACUACUCCUAAGCCGCCGCUGCCGCUUCUCUUCCAUCUCCCCCAAACACCCACCCGCUUCUCUUCUCGCCGCCGACGAGCCACCGACGAGCCACCGACGCGCCCGCCGGGCCGGCCAUGGGCUGCUUCCUCGGCUGCUUCGGGGGCGCCAAGUCCAAGAAGGAGCGCCGCCACCGCCGGCGCAAGCAGCGCUCCCCCUCCCACUCCCCCUCCAAGGCCGCCCGCGACGCCGAGGCCGCCUCCGCCGCCGCCCCGCUCCUCGCCACCCUCCUCGAGCUCAGGGAUUCGGCCGAUGACCUGUGCCUGGCCGUCGUCGCCAAGAAGAAGGUGACGUUCGACCCCAACGUGACCGCCUACGAGGCGCCGCCGAUCCCCGAGGGCGAGGAGGCCGCGACAGAGGAGGAGGAGGAGGGCCGCGCCGCGGCGGGCGGCGAGGAGGCGUGGACGCUGCUGGGGCCCGAGUGCGCGAAAUCAGAGGCGUUCCCGCUCAACCACAGGUACGGCAACUGCGCCGGCGCCGACGACGACAGCGACUACGAGGACUGCUACGACGACGACGACGACGAUGAGUACGAUGACGAUGAGGACGACGAAGAGGAGGAGGGCUUGGACGGGAUCGACGAGUGCGCGGUGGACGACGACGAGGAGCAAGGCGGGCUUCUGGGCAUCGCGCGCGGCGAGGAGGAGGCGUGCGAGUCGCUCUUCCUGCUCCCGGCGCCCAGGACCACCAAGGACAGCGCCGCUGCCGCUCAGACCGGAGCAGCAGCUGAGGCAACCGCCGCGCUCAGCUCGGUGGAGAACUUCAGCCAGUGGAAGGACGCCAAGCCACACACCGCCGCGCCCAAGGAUUCAGAGAAGGAGAACAUCGUCAGGCUCUCCGACUCGGCGACGGCCCCUGAUAUGAAAAAAGAGAAGCCGGCGGUGAGCUGGGACUACACCCCCAGGACGCCGAGCAAGCAGGAGGCCUCGGUGGACGCGAGCCUCUCCACGUGGCUGGGCUCCUCGGGGACGCCGGAGAGCAACUACUCGGUGCGGUCCUACUCGCCGAUCAGCCGGGAGGACCGGCCCAUCCUCGGCGCCCUCACCGUGGAGGACAUCAAGAUCUCCUCGGCCAACUCGUCGCCGAGGCGGUCGCGGUCCCCGAGCCCGAGCCCCGACGACAUGCCGAUCCUGGGCACCGUGGGGGCUUACUGGAACUGCAGCGAUGCCAAGGGCGGCAGUGAUGAUUCGGUGACGAGAGGCGGGUUCAUGAAGACCAGGAGCAGAUUUGGGCAGAACUUGGCAUGAUGAAAAUGGUGAACCGCCCUCCAGAAUUAUGAUGAAAUAGGCUAGAAAGAAGAGCUGUGAAUUAAGAGAUAAGAUACAGUGUGAGUGAGUGAGUGAGUGAGAGAUUGUUCCAUGAGUGAGAGAUUCUUUUAUGUGUUUGUAAACAUGUCAUGUCAGCAUUCUAUAUAGCAUGGUAUUCUUUUUGUGUGGCAUUGUCAAUAUGAUGUGUACUAUUAUUUCACCCUUUGUCAAUAAUCAAUAUUUUGUACUA